AUAUACUGUGUUGUCAGGUUAGCUCAUGUCCUCAUUGUCUUCAUAGUGCGUCCCACCACCACAUGGGGUCCUUUAGGACCGUACAAUAGGGGCACUAUCAACCCUUCACCGCCUCGUCACUUCUUGAGCAUUAUCUCCAUCACAACACAUUCAUCCGGUCUGCUGGCCACCCAUAUUACUGUAGCCCACCUUUAGUAGUAUCAGUACAUAAAAGCAGAUCCAUCGCAGCGACACUGCUUAGCUCCCUUUGAUCAAUUCAUAACUCCUACAAGACGUCAUCCUUCUACGCUUUCAACUGUCUUUUCCAACCUACACCUUUCGACUUCUACCUCAAAUCAUCUCGCCUGGCCGCUCUCGCCAAUAUGCAAGGGUACUAUCAGCAGCCAAUGGGAGGGGGAAGCAUGAUGCCAGGUAUGAUGCCAGGUGGCGGGGGCAUGAUGUCGGGGAUGCAGGCGAUGCCCGGGACUGGGGGCAUGGGAGGAAUGCCUGGUAUGGGUGGCAUGGGCGGCGGCGGCCCCAUGAUGGGACAGAUGGGUAUGAUGGGACAGCCUGGACAAUACUGGAGAUCAGGGAUACCUCAGGAUUAUCAGCUGCCUCAGCUGGGGUACAAUCCUGAUUCAUCCUGGAGUGCUUGGGAGCUGGCAAACGCUCGAUACUCUGGCGAUAGGCUGCAACGAGGCUUCUUUGAUCAGAUCCUGUCUGGACUCUCCGAUUUCUUUGGCGCUCGUCACUUAAACCAGCAGGCAGCUCGUGACGCUCACUACAGAGUGUACUACUCAAACGAGGGCACAGACUCCGGCAACAAGACUCUGGGAGGAGCAGCUGCAUACCAGGCAUUCCUCUUCUGGGACAAGGAGCACCACUCUUUGUACCACUCAUAUCCAUCCAACGAGAACAGAGAGCGCCUUGUGGGGCUUGCAGUAGCAGAGCUGUUCUCCCUCUGGGAUCGGGUACAGCCUCGCAGCUCGCGUGCCAAUCCCAACACAGCCGCUGAGUAUGCUGCCGCCACUGCCAAGCAUCUUUACGACAGGCAUUAUGAUCUGUCUGGUGGGCAUUAUGGCCGCCACUCUGGAUACGGUGCAGACGACGAUUCUGAUGACGAGAGUGAAGGACGAAGAAUGAAGCGACGAAGAUACGGUGGACCGAUGGGGAUGGGGAGCGGUGGUGGGAUGAUCCCUCCAGCGGGGAUGGGUAUGCCGAACCCUGGAAUGGGAGGCUUCGGUAUGCCUGGGUCUAUGGGAAAUGGGAUGGGUGGACCUAUGGGUAUGGGUAUGGGCAGUAUGGGCGGACCUAUGAUGGGUGGAGGCAUGGGAGGCGGCAUGAUGCCGGGAUUGGGAACCAUGGGUAUGGGAGGCAUGAGUGGGAUGGGAGGUAUGGGAGGUAUGGGAGGUAUGGGGAUGGGUCAAGGAAUGAUGAUACCUGGAGGUUACGCCAAUCCAAUGAACGAGUCUCAAGCUGCCCCAGGGAUGCACCCUUACACUUAUGGUUCUCAAUCUGGAGUGGCCUACGGGAACCAGCCAAUCGACCAGAUGGGUCAACCAACUUUCCCAGGAGGUCCCGGACGGAGCUUCUACGGAUACGGCCAACCUAGAUACUACUGAUGCGCCGUGAGGCGGUACCUGUGCGAGUGGUGAUGAGGAGAGAUGCUGUCCAUUGAGUCACUAGCUUCGAAGGCAAGGUGGAAUGUCGUACAUCAUGUUAUCAACGUCGUGUGAGGAGGUGGAUGCACCUUAUGCAGUACUCUGAGCUCG